AUGCAAUCAGAGUCGACUGCAGUAUCUCAACGAACACUCCCCGUUGACUCAUCGCAAGCCAACGCCAACCUCAGCCAGCAUGGAAAUAAUCUCGAUGACGGUGCAGUCUCUGGCCCUCUCCACUCUGGAGAGGCCGGAGAUACUCCAGUCGAGAUUUCAUCCUCGCCCGGCUCAAACCAUCCGCCCCUGAGCGAUUCUGUCUCUACCCCGCCAUCUCCUGCCCAACGAGUGACUGAGCAUGAAAAUGCCGGCUCGCCACGCAAAGCCAACCAUGGCUUUCGAGUCGUGAAAUCUUCGAGCCGGUCUCAACUGCCUCUCGAUUCGCUUCCAAACGAGGUCCUAACCCAUAUCCUUUCACACCUGCCUCCUCAGACACUUUCCGCUAUCACAUUGGUAUCGCGUCGGUUUCACUCUCUGGUCACAACUCCUCAUGCCUGGAGAAUCGCAUUCUCGCGCUUCUUCCCCGGCCCUCUAGCCAUGGAAUCUGGCCGACGGGCUGGGCCGGAUGAGGUCAAUCUGAUGUCGGAUAGACGCUUUUUCGCAAGACUGACUGCCUUGGCAUCCUGGCGCAGUGAGUACAUUUUGCGGACCCGUCUUAUGCGGUCGUUGGGCCGGGGCAAGCCGGCGCGGUUUGAGCCGUCCAAGAGAAACGGCACAGUCAGAUCCGCGAGUGCUCGAAAUGGCAGCGCGGUGUCCACAUACACGUCAAAUCUUCUGUUUCCCGUAAGCAAAAUCCACGGGUCUUUCAAUAAUCCGGAGAAGGAGCCUACUUUCAUUCACGGUGCGUCGGAACAGGGUGUCGCUUCUGCGAGUGAUCCCUCGACUGUGAAAGUAAGCACCUGGGGUCUUUCUGACCACCAUAUGUUCCGGCAUUUUGCAGAUGCCUUCCCAGGUGAUGCGCCUUACGGUCUUGGAGCGGGAGAGAUGGUAGGCGUGCCCAAUCCAAUGGAUGUCAGCCAACUGUACGGUAUGAUCUACGGCGAGGGAUGUCCUCAAGGGCGCAGUUACUUCAUUUCCACGACCGAGCAACGAGGCCGUUUCCUCGGGGCUUCGGACUUGGGUUCUCACCCUUAUCUUGGAAUCCCUGCAGUGAACAUGAUCACCCACGCAGUCUGUUCAGUAUGGAUCGCCAAAUCGUCUUCCAUUCUCAAAACAACGGGUGGCCUCGUGGCCAUGAUGUCUGGCUCAUCUUCCGGUAUACUCACAGCAUACGCGAUGGGCCCCCAUCCAACCUACGAGGGACGGUAUGAACGAGGACAGGAGACUGCUAAAUGGGUUCUUAGCCCAGGUGUCCCCAUCAUUGGAAUCGCUGUUGAUGACACCUACUCACCCAAGCGUUGUUCUCACCGACGCAUCUGGGCUGUUGCUCUCAAUGCUCUGGGAGAGAUCUUCUAUCUUUCGGAUCUCCCUCGAAAGCCCGAAACCUCACCAACUGCUAAACUGAAUGCGGAACAGCACGAUGAACUAGCUUGGAAGACCGGAAGAACGGCACGUUGGGAGCUCCUGGAGCUGAGCCGCCGUAAGGCCCGGCCCGACCCAUUUAGUCGGGAGCUGGUUGAUGGCAGCUACAGCCCAAGAUCAUCAUCCGACUCCAUGUGCCUGAAUGCGGAUCAAGUUGCUGCAGAAACCGAGGAAAUUGAGAAGUUUCUUGCCUUCAAGCCUAAGCACUUCCGCAAGGUAUGCGAAGGCUGGAAUAUGAAGUGUGAUCUACUGGUCGAUUUUGCUGGCGAUGACGGACGUGGAUUUGGGGAGUCAAUCAUUGUUAUCGCUCGUGGAGGAGAUGAAUCAAAAGCAUCGGUUCAACGAUAUUUGCGUACGGCCUCUCAACCAGGACUUGGGUCGUCAUCGCCAUUGCCUGCUCCUCAACUCCGCGGGGAGAAGGCCCACGCAUCUCUUUUUGGUGGCCCAACGCCUCGGGAAAGCCUACCACCUUCUCGUUCAUCGAGUCGGUCUACCGAUCCUGUUCCUGCGGUCGGUGCCGAAUGGCGAAUCUCAGACUUCAAUUUUGAUGACAGGAAAUUGGUCGAAAUCACUACCUCUGCAUUGGACAACUCAACCUUUGCCACACUUCCAGCGGAAGAGGAUCCUCUUUUGGGCAUGUCAGGAAGUUCAUUGUCUUCUGCAACCUCAUCCCCAAUGCUACCUCAUAUGGAGAAGCCGCGGUCGAUUCUCGAGGUCCCCGGACAACGAGCUCGUUACCUCGCUGUGGGAACCGCCACUGGCCUGGUCUUUGUUUGGGACAUUCGUGCACUCGCAGCGCGGAAUUUGGAAGUCAUCAACUCGAUCCCUCCAAUCCGUGUCAUCCAAACGGAGUCCCCCCAAGUGUCCUGUGUCGCGUUGACGUCUUUGUAUGUUGUGCACGGUGGCAAUGACGGCCUGGUACAGGCUUGGGAUCCACUGGCCUCGUCAACUCAACCCAUUCGAACUCUCAAUUCUCGGUUUUCCUCACGAGCCCGUCGUCGGCUGGUGCAAGCAGAAGCUUCUGUUCUGGGUGUUGGAAAUAAUUAUUUCGCGACGGGAGCUAUCUGCCUGGACCCGGAUCCGACAAACCUGCGUGGAAUGGUUUCCUUGGGUACGCAUCUCCGCUACUGGUCAUACAGCUCAUCGGCUGCAGACCAAUAUAAUACUAGCAAGCGUCGUCUUCGUCACGGGCUCCGCGGCAGCAAUGGUGCAGCCGAUGGCCAGCGCUUCAACAACAGUGGGCGAGGUGCGAUUCGGGACUUCAUCGAGGAUGAACGUGUCGAAUUGGAGAGACAGCAAAUCGCGGACGAGGAGGAGCGGGCCCACCUCAGCGCUCGCUUUGGCGUUGAUCUGCUGGGCCCCGACGUCGACGAGGAGCAACUGCUAGCAUAUGCACAGAUGCUGAGCCAGGAAACUUACCCCGGGGAUGCGACUCAACAAUCCCAACAAAAUGCAGAAGCCAGCUCAGCUACCAGCACCUCAUUCAGUGAUGCCGUGGGCGCCAGUUCCUUUGGAGUCGGCGCAGACUCGUCCUCUUCUUCGCCAUAUCAGAAUCCCACGGACGACGACGUGGAUGACGAUCUCGCAGAAGCUAUUCGAUUGAGUCUUCAAGAAGAGUCCGUUGCCUCGCCGGUCGACCAGACUCCGUCUAUUCCAAUCAAGUACGCCAAAGGCGUGAAGCCACCAAAUGCAUCUUCACCCGGGAACAGGACUGCAGAGAGCAGCCGGCAGAAAGAGAUGGACGAUUUGGAGUUCGCAAUCCAGCUGAGUCUGGCUGAGAACAAGAGCCGCGAUGAUGCGGAUGGGCAAGGAUGGGAAGAAUUUCCCGGUCUUGCUCAGCCAAUGCCGACUUCUCAGUCUUCUGCGAAAGGAAAGGGAAGGGCGAGAGCCCUGUAA